CUCCGUCCUUCUCCACAGCAUCCUUGCCUAGAGGAUCCCUCGUCAAUCCCCGUGCUUCUGUGCAAACGCGCUCCCACCGAGCGCCCCUUUCUGCGUCUUCGCGAGGCAGCUCUGCCUAUCUGCUCCGUCGUCCUGGGAGCUCCCCUGACUGGCUGAGGAAAGUCCACUGCUUUGAUUCCGUCUCCGCCCCCUCCCCCUCCCCUCUCCUCCCCCCCCGGAGCCGUGGCAUUCCCAGUGUUCAGGAAUGUGGCGAGCUGGCUUCUGGCCGGAGAAAGAAGGACCGGAGGAAGCGAAGGCGGAAAGUAGGUCUUCCCUGCCGCUGCUUCGCUUCUCCCGAUGCCUCUGCUCGACUGCCUGGUCUUUCCCCCUGGGAUCAGCCUCUCUCUUUAAAUGCACAGCGCAACCCUUGGCGAGCUGGUUGCCAACAACAACCACCCCAAAAUGCCCGAAGUCCCAGGCGCUGGAGAAUAGACGACCCGGGGCAGAGGCGUCCUCGCGCGAUUGGAUUUACAGGUGCUGGAGGGUUCCGGGGAGCUCUCCGAGGUGCUGAACACUCGGCAGCCUCUCCAAGAGCUCUCAGGCUGAACUCUCCCUUCCUCCGCUUUCCCUCCUGGAUUCCCUCAUGACUCGGACACGUUCGCUUGGGAGGAGGUUGUGAAUUCCUCACCAUAUCAUGGCCCGGAUUAGAUACCUGCGUGCAGCUGUCUCGGGAUUCUAUCUGUGGGAAGCUGCGGUGCUGCUCAGUUUGGUGGCCACGAAGGAAACAGACAGUGCAAGAUCACGCAGCAUGCCAAUGUCUCCAUCAGAUUUCCUGGAUAAAUUAAUGGGUAGGAUGUCUGGCUACGAUGCAAGAAUAAGACCGAACUUCAAAGGGCCUCCGGUAAAUGUGACAUGCAACAUCUUCAUAAACAGUUUUGGAUCCAUUGCAGAAACAACCAUGGAUUAUCGUGUGAACAUCUUUCUCCGUCAGAACUGGAAUGACCCCCGUCUUGCUUAUAGUGAAUAUCCAGAUGACUCUCUAGAUUUGGACCCAUCCAUGUUGGACUCUAUCUGGAAACCUGACUUGUUCUUUGCCAAUGAAAAAGGCGCCAAUUUUCAUGAAGUAACAACAGACAACAAAUUGCUACGGAUUUUUAAAAAUGGAAAUGUUCUCUAUUCCAUCAGAUUGACUUUAAUACUCUCCUGCCCAAUGGACCUCAAAAAUUUCCCAAUGGAUGUCCAAACAUGUAUCAUGCAGCUGGAAAGCUUUGGAUACACGAUGAACGAUCUCAUCUUUGAGUGGCAAGAAAAGGGAGCUGUCCAGGUGGCCGAUGGACUCACUUUGCCACAGUUUCUCUUGAAAGAAGAUAAAGAUUUAUGUUACUGCACCAAGCAUUACAACACAGGCAAGUUUACAUGCAUUGAAGUUCGAUUCCACCUUGAAAGGCAGAUGGGCUAUUAUCUCAUUCAAAUGUACAUACCCAGCCUCCUAAUUGUCAUACUUUCUUGGGUGUCGUUUUGGAUCAAUAUGGAUGCAGCACCAGCAAGAGUGGCUUUAGGAAUAACAACAGUUCUCACCAUGACAACACAGAGUUCAGGGUCACGGGCUUCCCUGCCAAAGGUCUCGUACGUCAAGGCUAUUGACAUCUGGAUGGCUGUAUGCCUGCUUUUUGUAUUCUCGGCACUUCUGGAAUAUGCAGCUGUAAACUUUGUGUCAAGGCAGCAUAAAGAACUUUUGAGAUUCCACCGAAAGAGGAAGAAGAACAAGUUUUAUGAGGGAGUGCUUGAUGGAAAUGAAAUCAAUGAAUCAUUGCGGCGUAGCAAUGGCUUGAGAAGUACAGAAUUCAUAGACGGGACUUUGCCUCAAAUCUACAAUAUAAAUUUAAGGGAUGAAGAUUCAAGAGAAAAUCGGUUCAGUUUUACAGGCUAUGGAAUGGGGCCGCAAUGUAUUCAAGCAAAAGAUGGAGUGGUUCCAAAAGCACCAAACAAUCCAGUUCAACCUGCACCAAAAAGCCCUGAAGACAUGAGGAAGGUAUUCAUUGAUCGGGCCAAGAAAAUUGACACCAUCUCCCGAGCCUGUUUCCCACUAGCCUUUCUGAUAUUCAACAUUUUUUACUGGGUCAUCUACAAAAUCGUUCGGCACGAGGACAUUCACCAAAAACAAGAUUAAGGUUUCCAGUGCUUAACGGUUCUGGUUCUCUAUUACUAUGGUACAAAUACCGAUUGGCUCAUAAAGGGCGUGGAGGGAAAAAAUCACAUUUGACUUGCUAUGCAAAGUCACAAAAGGAUAGAAGAGUGGAAUCCAAAGAAGCUACAGUAUCUGCUGCAACAGCGAUUCAACUUCUUAUUAGCUAAAAGUAGCCAGCUUUUGCAAAGAAAAACCACAACGUCCUAAAUUAAAACUCUACUGCCAAUGUGUUUAUAGAUGCUGUUCCAUAAUGGUGUAGUAUUUUCUGAUGUUUCUUGCAGCAAAGUGCCAUAUUAACAGAAAUGCUAUUCCACUUUAAAGUUUCCUUUAAACUUUAUAAGUCAAGAUUUGCCAUGGGGGGGGGUGUUUUAAAAAAGAAGUUUCCCUUUAAGUGACGAAGCACAUUUUCUAAAUUUAAAGACACUGCCAAUGUCUUUUAUAAUAAUAGCAUAUAUUAGGCUGCACAUUAAAGAGAGAAAUCUCAUAUAAAAUAUGUCAUAAUGACACAAUCCACAAACCACUUACUCUGUGAAACGCUGCUGGUGUUUCUGGUGAGGCUUCAGUUCUGCACUGGAAUAAGCAGUUUGUUGAUUGCUGGCCAUUUUAUAAAAAGAAAAAGUAUGCCUUGGCAAAAUUUCUCUGUGCAUUCAAAGCAGGAAACUGUCUAAUCACAUCCUUUACCAGUACAGAGAGUAUGACUCAGCAGGCUAGACCUUCUGUUGAGUAAACAGAUCACUUGCUUCUGGUAUUUACUCUAAAAUGUAACAUAGAUUCUACAUGAUAGGAUGUGAGGUCAGAUAUUCUGAGUCACUCAAAUGAGUAUUGUCACCUCCAGGGCCCUAGAGGGGGAGAGGAUUUUGUUCCAUGAAGGUUAAAUAUGCUUAAAGCUAUUGAAAUUAUGGGGCAGUGGUGCAUAUUUGAUUCUGUAAUAUAUACAUAAUAUACACUAGGAAGUUAGUGUCAUUGAAAUCAGUUCAACUUACUUCCAGGUAAACAUGCUGAAAAUCAUAUGUAGCUCCCAUUUAUUUUAACUGACUUUACAUACAUAUGUGCUGAACAACGUCAAAAGAAGUGCUAGAACAAAAUUGGGGGAAACGAAAACCUUCCUAUGAAAGUCAAAUUCUUUAGUAAAGAUACCGGAUAGCCAACUAUGGCAUUCUACUUGUGCAACUGACUGUCACUUGCACAAAUAGGAAUUGCUCUUGUUCCCUUCCCUCCCAAUUCCACCCACCCACCCACAUUUCCCAAUAUCUGCUCUGCGUAGUUGGGAAACCCUGAUUGGGGAUAGUUUGCAGGGCCACAGUGUGAAUGGUGGAAAUAGAAUGUAGCACACCUCCUGGUACGAUAUUUCAUCUAGGUAUUUAAAUUAAGGAAAUUUAUUUCCUUUUUCUAGAAUUGCACAGCCCUUUAAAUUAAUUCUCUCAAUAAUUAUAUAUUAUUCUAUAGGCUUAAAAGAAAAUAUAGAAUAGAACUUUGCACCUAGAAGCUGUUUUUUGUUUCUUCGGACAGUUCUCAUCAGCAAAGACAGAAUAUAUUUGCUCUACAGCAUAUCUAAUGCAGUGGAAUGAUAUAUGUUCUGAAAGUGUGCCAACAGAAAACCACAAGAGUUUAUUGUUGAACACCAGAGAGGAGAGAGAAAACAUGCUGCUUUGUAGGAAAAAGAAAAUCAAAGCUGAAGUUUUACUUUGAUUUUUAAAUAAGAACAAAUGUGAUACAGGACUAUUUCCGUAAUGUGUCUGUUAUAGAAAUAUUUACUAAGAUGACUUUAAAAAGGGAAAAAGGGGGGAAAGCAAAUUUGAUUUAAAUAGAUCCAUUUAAGUAUGGGUGGGUGGAAACCAUAUGCAAAUUGUGCCCUUUGUCAAAAACAGCUUCUAUAUUGGUGUCGGGAGAUAUUUUCUUGAGCAAGUACUUUCAAACAAUUGAUUCCCAAUGCAAAACUUGAGGUGGCAUGGCCAGUCUGUGAGGACUGUGCUAUCUCAGUUAUACAUUUCUGAAUCUGCCUUCAGUGUGAUCAAUACAAAGGUUAAGGAUUAAAAAUGCGUUGUUAAAUCUAAGUAAAUAUUCGUGCAAAUGAAUUUUGUACAAUUUCUGAACAUAACAGAAUUCUACAGACACUCUAGGGCUAUGAAUAGGAAAAAAGGGGGAGCCUUUCAGAUUUCUUUCCAGUAUUCACAGAUUGUGCGGCCAUACUAUUUUGGUAACUCAACAUAAAAAGUUAGGCAUGCCUAUUGAGGAAACGAAUGGCUUGAGAUAAUUUCUAUUUGAACAGGAUGAGGUGCCUAAUCUAUGGGAAAGGUGGUGAGUUUGAAAGAGUGGAGGCAAGCAGCCCUACAGAGAAAAUACAGUAUUUCCCAGUUCAUAAGCCGUGAGUGUGAUACUAAGAUAUAUCCUUUAACCUGGCCUAGGGGAAUGUUCUGCACAAAGCAUUAUAAACUAAGUUUUAACUUUUACUCACAAAAUUAUUUUUUCAUUGAAUAUAGAGUGCAGGUAAUGGGAUAAAGUUGGGGCAUAACAGCAUAUCGUCAAAUUCAUUUCACUUCUUUACAAUGCAGAAUGAUAAAGGAAGGUUUUGUGUUGUCUCAUGCCACCAAAAAAUACCAGCAACCCACUAGUGCCUAUUUUAUUAAGUCUAAAAUACCAGCAGGCAUAUGACAACCUAUCACACAAAUAAAUCCAGGAAUGGUGUUGCAGACCCUGUCAGACAAACUAAUGCUUCUUACGGAUUUAGUGCACUGUUACAAAACCCCCAGUGAUUUUAGCAAAGUGACAAAAUUAGCAAACAUGUUUCCCCUGUAUUCAGGUUACUGCAGGCUCUAUGUUAAAUACACCCUAUAGUGCUACGGCUGGGACUGAGAUGAACUAUAAGCCACUGCAAAAUUCUGGGGUGAAUUAGGACAUAUUCAGUGUGUGAAAUCCCCAGCAGGGGGGAGAAUCCAAUUUACACCAAUUUUGUUAUUCAUGGCUGCUCACAGUCAUGAUUAUAAGAACCAUUUGCCAGAAAAUUGGAAGAUCUCCAGCAAAUUGCCAGAAGAUAAUGAAGCAUCCCCACAUUUCCUAGUCAAAUGGACAUUCCUUCCUAUCUUCAAUCACUGUCGUGCAGGCAGCAAAGUACAGAAAGUCAGAGAAGUGUAUCUGCAUUGCCUAGGCAACUGGGCAACACUUUUGAUCUGAUGUCACUGUUUUGCAACAUGGUGAUCAUUAUUUUGCCUGUGAACAAACCCAGAAGAAAUUAGUGUUGGAAGUCAUGGAUAAGGGAGGAGGCAGAGACACCAGAAUGGCUGAACUUUAUGCCCCUCCACACACA